AUGUCUACACAGGCCAAGUUUUAUCAAGAACACAGCAUCAAAGUGAUCCUACCAACUCCAUAUCAAGCGACUACGAAUCUAUGCUACCUCAACCCAGUUCAAAUCUGGCCUCUCAACAACCGAGAUGCACGCCUCUUCAUUGAUCGUCUUUACCAGAUCCUCAACACUCUUGCACACGAGCGCCCCGAGACAUCAGGCACUAUUAGGAUCAGUCAUGUACAGCACCAGAAACACAAUGUUGCCCUUGUCAUAAACCCAAACGAUUGCAUCACCAUGGAUGUGCAAUAUGCUGAGAACGAGAUGCAUACCUUUGCGCAGCUGAAAGCUGCCCGCUUUCCACCUUCUGCCUUUGUAGGUUCUCGGUUCAAGUUUGACUGCGCCAAGACUGACGACAAUUAUGAAGUUCCAGCGAUGAGGGUUUUGGCCGUCAUUAUCAACGGAGGGUUAAUUCUCUCCUGGCAUUUCCACCAUUCACUGUUCGACGCUGAAGGUAUGCGAGUUGUUUUUAGCAUUGUCGGUUCAAUUGCAGCUGGCAACGAACCCUUUUACCGCUCCCAUCACCCCAAAUCACUAGCUAUGGAUUUUGCAGCCAGGCCCGGCGCAGCUGAGAAUACUAUAUUUUCCGAGUACAACCAUCCAGGAACCGCGAAGGCUAGCUGUGUCGGCGACCCACUCCAUAGGGUCCCCCUCGGCAGCGCAAUCUUCCAGUUUCGCAAAGACGACCUCCAACAGCUGCAAGAGCUCCUGCGCAAGGCUGCCGGCGGAGGCGACAACUCUUACCCCCAAGCCUGGAUGACCCUCGCCGUGCUGACCUGGGUUCACAUAUCCAAGGCCCGCAACCGAGCCGAGCAGAAGAAGCUCCCACAUGCAACCCCCGAGGCGGCAGCCCAGCUUGCGAUGCCGAUAAACUGGAAGAAGCGAGCCCCAUUCGGUGGCCAGAGCCGUGACUACUUUGGCAACGCAAACUUGACCACCACCACAGCAUACCCCGCCGGCGUCAAACUCGACGACGACCCAGCAACUCUCUUGAAGCUCGUUAACGCAGUGCAGCACACGCUUUCACAGGUUGACGAGGCGGCCGUCUCUGCGCAGUACCAGCUUUUCGCCUCGCAGGUGGACCGCCAAGCCAUCAAGACGGCGCUCGACCGGUCCAAUAGGAAUCUUUUGCUCUUUGACAGCACGUGGCGGAUCCACGGCGGCGCGGACAUGGCUCUGGGCGCGGGCUUGGUGCCGGGUCUGCUGGGUGACGGCAGGCCUGCGGCGGUGCGCCAGGCCGCGGCUGGUUGUACCGUGGGUGGGCGCGCACUCCUGCUUCCAGGCAGGAUCGACUCGCCCGUGUACGAGCUCAUGGUCAUGCUGCCCACGGCUUCGCUGAUGACCUUGUGUCGCGAUGGUAACUGGAUGCGGUGGGUUGAUCGGGUGCUUUGGUAG